GACAGCCCCUGCAGGCCCCCACCCCCGCCAGGGGACUGGCGGAGCGGGCCUUCUCCCGGUCUCUAGUAGUUUCCGCGCCGCUGACGCAUGCCUGCGCGCACAGCUGGGCCGGGCGCGUCCUACGCAGCAGCCGCGAGCCGGGCUGCGGGUGCCAGACGGUUCCCGGCGGGGGGCAGGGGCGGGGCGCCGCAAGAGGCCGGGACUCCCGGCGGAGGAGCCCCAAGGAGGCCCGCUUGACGAUUGACCAGUUGCCAUGGCAUCCUACUACGAGAUCCUAGACGUGCCGCGAAGUGCGUCUGCUGAUGACAUCAAGAAGGCGUAUCGGCGCAAGGCUCUCCAGUGGCACCCAGACAAAAACCCAGAUAAUAAAGAAUUUGCCGAGAAGAAAUUUAAGGAGGUGGCGGAGGCAUAUGAAGUGCUGUCUGACAAGCACAAGCGGGAGAUUUACGACCGCUAUGGCCGGGAAGGGCUGACGGGGACAGGAACUGGCCCAUCUCGGGCAGAAGCUGGCAGUGGUGGGCCUGGCUUCACCUUCACCUUCCGAAGCCCCGAGGAGGUUUUCCGGGAAUUCUUCGGGAGUGGAGACCCUUUUGCAGAGCUCUUUGAUGACCUGGGCCCCUUCUCAGAGCUUCAGAACCGGGGUUCCCGACACUCAGGCCCUUUCUUUACCUUCUCUUCCUCCUUCCCUGGGCACUCUGAUUUCUCCUCCUCAUCUUUCUCCUUCAGUCCCGGGGCUGGUGCUUUUCGCUCUGUUUCUACGUCCACCACCUUUGUCCAAGGACGCCGCAUCACCACACGCAGAAUCAUGGAGAACGGGCAGGAGCGGGUGGAAGUGGAGGAGGAUGGGCAGCUGAAGUCAGUCACAAUCAAUGGUGUCCCAGAUGACCUGGCACUGGGCUUGGAGCUUAGCCGUCGCGAGCAGCAGCCGUCAGUCACUUCCAGGUCUGGGGGCACUCAGGUCCAGCAGACCCCUGCCUCAUGUCCCUUGGACAGCGACCUCUCUGAGGAUGAGGACCUGCAGCUGGCCAUGGCCUACAGCCUGUCAGAGAUGGAGGCAGCUGGGAAGAAACCCGCAGGUGGGCGGGAGGCACAGCACCGACGGCAGGGGCGGCCCAAGGCCCAGCACCAAGAUCCAGGCUUGGGAGGGACCCAGGAGGGUGCGAGGGGUGAAGCAACCAAACGCAGCCCAUCCCCAGAGGAGAAGGCCUCUCGCUGCCUCAUCCUCUGACCACCAGGCCCAACCUGACCUGAUCCAGGUCUUGACUGGGGGUCUGGCUCACUGUGGGAAGAGCAGAGGGGAGUAUCCUGAGUUGUAGGAACUGCUUUGCAACUCCAUGCUCCCUCCACGAGUUUCCCUCCCAGGCCCCCUGCACCCCACUGUGGACUUGGGAUUUGCUGUGCUCAGCCCAGGACUGAUAGGUCCCUGGUGAAACCCAGGGUGGGGGGUGUCAGGACAGUGGAAGGGCCCGAGGAGCCAGGUUGCAUUUAUUGGAUGGGGAGCUCCAAGGGGCAUUAGUGGUUUGGGCUGGGCCUUUUGUGCCCAGGUCCUCUGCCACCUGUGUUGCUGAUGGUGUCAAGGAAGGAGGACUUGGCCUAGGGUUGUCUGAGCCGGAGCCGGCAGCUCCACUGGGGAGCAGCGCAGGCGGAGUGGAGCCUCCUGCUCUCCUGGUCAAGCUGCAGACCCCCAACCCUGGUUUCUGUGCCAUGUUGUGCUCUGACUGUCUCUGUUGCUUCUCUUCUGGUGUUGCUUCUCCUCCCUCCCAUUCUCUCUGCAACUCCCUGCGGGCCGCAUCGCUUGCUUUCACUGCCGUCUGGCUAGGACUCCCUUCUUCCUUCCUUCCCCGAGAAGGCCUCAAUGUGGCGAGGAAGAUGCUGGGGCCGGUAGGGCUGUGAGGUCUUCUGGGGAGGCUAGCUGGGUGGGGCGGGAGCCUCUCAGCUGUCCGGAUUCAGAACUGGAGCCCACUCCUCCUCCCUUCUUCCCGUUGCCUCAACCUGCCCUCACCCUCAGGACUAGGCAGAGGUGAGGCUGGCUCACUCUGAAGAGGUGGGAUAGGACCAGGGGGAACCAGGAGGGAGGCCUAGGUGGGAACUGCACCCAUACUGCUUCCCUACCAUACAUCAGGGCUCAGGGAGAGGCCAUGCGGCCAGCCCAGGUCUGCAUGCUGAGCCCCAUCCUCCACAGCUUGCCGCUGAUGCUCUCUCCUGUCACCCCGCCCCCGCUCUCUCCCCAGAUGUGUUCUGAGCUGGAUGCCGGGAUCCAGAAUCGCUGCACAGUUCCAACAGGACAGCGCCCUCCCCCAUGUGCUGGGAGGGGACCCUCCAUUUCUCCCCCUCACCCAUGCUGAGUGUAGAGCUGGGGCCUGGGUAGUGGGUGGGGGCCGGGUGGGAGGCGGCAGUAGUCUUAGCCUGUGCACUCUCUUCCUUGGGUGUUUCGUGCUGGCUCCUGGGAACUACAAAUCCCAGAGUGCGGUGCGCCCGGCCUCAUUUCUGAUAGAUCCCGCUUGGGGGAGGUGGUGCGUGGUUACUGAGCUGUGCAUCUUGGGACAUGUAGUAGCCCAGGUCGGCUUGUCACUCGCUGUGAGAUGGGGAGAUUUUGUCUUUUGAUUUAUCCCUGGAGGGCUGGCAGGGUUGUAGAUGAAGGAGGAAUGAUCUGAGCAUUGGUUCCCCUGACACAUCUUGCUAGCCCCAGGGUUAGAGUGGGCAGGGCAGAGCUGUGCAGCACCUGGGAGAGGUUCCUUUCCCAUGGGCAGCCUGGGGUCCCAGGAACAAGCCAGGGCGAGUAGCAUGUCCGCCUGAGCAGAGUGUGGCCCCAGAAAGCUGAGGAGUGUGGGUGGCAGAGAGCUUUGAGGGCAAGGCCACCCGCAGGGGCGUGUGUGUGGCGGGGCUUGGCAUGUGAUGGUAGCUCCAGGCAUGCUGCUGCUUGUAUGGCUUUCUUUGGCCUCUGACCCUGCUGCCCGUUCUUUCCAACAUCACAGAUGAGCCGCCUCUCCUCCUCCCUGCCUGGGGAUCCCAGUGGCCAGGGAGGGGAGUGGUGGAGCUAGCCGCCGUUAACACUGAGCCUCAGAGACAAACCAAAACCAGCUGGGCUGAGCUCAGAUCCAGGGGGAAAUGCUGGAAGUCAAUAAAACUGAGUUUUGAGA